AAUGCUGAAAAAACGAUUGAUUUGAUAAUCAUUAACCCUUUGAAUGCCAAUGGUACCUACCUUGUAUCACUGGUAUCAACUACGCAAUAUUGCGUAGUCAACAUUCAAUUAGUAAAGAAUCUAACAAGUCCCGUGUUUGCAGUGCGACUAAUAAGAUCAGAGAUCAGCGGCAAGAUCCAGGCGGUGUACCAGGGCUACACGUACUAUUGCAACUACCGAGCCAUCAAGAGCUCGCGCUGGAGCUGCACCAAGUACCCCAAGUGCAAGGCGUCUCUCGUCAUCGGCAUGAAGAUGAACAUCAUCAAGGGGAAGACGUUCCACAACCACGAGCUCAAGAGUACCUUACCGAAGAUACUGACGGCAAAGUCCUUCCACGAUGAAUUGUUCGGCUUAUAGCCCUGGAAGAAAUAAGUUAGUAAGAAAUGUUAUUGUCUCGGCGUUUUCAGUUGUGGUAAGCCGUGAGCAUUCAAAUAGUUGGCCAUUGAAGGCCAGUCAGAAAGUUCAAUUCAAUUCAUGUAUAAAUGUAAAAUUAUACCUCCAGCAAACCAAAAAGUUAACUAUUGUAUUGGGGCAAACGAAUAAAUACAGUUACGGCCAGGAAAAAGUUCCACCUGCCAAUAUGUGUAAGUUUUUCAUUGCUCGUGAGUGUUAUAUUAUGAAGCUAUGCUGCUUUAUUGCUUGAAUAUUUUUAUAAAUUUAUUCGGUGCACCACAACAAUGAAAAUCGUCUGUACCUCAGAAGAUCACGAAGUUGUAAAUAUAAUUAUGUUCCGGUGAAGUACCGGUUAGGUAGGUAACGUGAAACGUACUAUUUUGUUAAUAAUAAUAAACACUGUAUAUUGUUGUACAUAUAUUAAUAAAACUAUGACGAAAUACCUGA